AUGGAAAAUCCAGUCAAGGAAAAUGUGCCUUCGCGGACUGACCUCCCGCCCGCAACCCAGAAACGAUUUAAUAAUGUAAAGCUAUUUCUCGCAGCUUUGUCCUGCUUGUACUUUGCGAAAGCAUUAUCUGGGAGCUAUAUGAAGAGUGCAAUCACACAGAUAGAGAGACGCUUUGAUAUACCAAGUUCACUAAUUGGUGUUGUUGAUGGAAGCUUUGAAAUUGGGAAUUUGUUUGUGAUUGUAUUUGUGAGCUACUUUGGAGCGAAAUUUCAUAGGCCCAGGAUAAUCGCAGCUGGAAGUGUGGUCAUGGCUAUUGGAACUAUUUUAAUAGCUUCACCUCAUUUCUUCAUGGGACGUUAUAACUAUGAAACUGCACUUACAUUUUCAAACAAUUUGACCACAAGUACCUCCCAAUGUUCAAACAUGUCAAACAGUGUGUUAACCCCAGAACCUGGGAAGACCUCUUCAGACAAGUCCCCUUCUGGUUGUGAGAAAGUGGCAGGCUCCUCUACAUGGAUAUAUAUAUUUCUUGGAAAUAUUUUGCGAGGAAUCGGUGAAACGCCAACUGGACCGCUGGGGAUAUCAUACCUUGACGAUUAUGCCAGAGAAGAAAAUACUUCUUUUUAUAUAGGAAUUUUGUAUACAGUGGCCCUCAUAGGCCCAUUGUUUGGAUAUUUACUGGGUUCAUUCUGUGCCAAGAUUUUUGUUGACAUUGGAUUUGUUGACUUGGAGAGAGUCACAAUUACUUCAAAGGAUGCAAGAUGGGUCGGUGCUUGGUGGCUUGGGUUUUUAAUUGCCGGAGCAUUUUCCCUUCUUUUUUCCAUACCAUUCUGGUUCUUUCCAAAGUCUCUAACCAAAGAGACAAGAAAGAAGGAAAUUGGCAAAACAUCUGAAAAGACGGAGUUCAUCAAACUGGAUCAAAGUGAACUUAUAAAAAAUAAUCCGAAACCAAAGACUGCAACACAACUGGCCAAAGGUUUUUUUUCAUCAUUGAAAGUACUGUUUGCAAACAACAUAUACGUCUUGUAUUUGGUGUCAAUGGUCAUACAAAUGAAUUCUCUGAUUGGCAUGUUGACCUUUAAACCCAAGUUCAUUGAGCAGCAGUAUGGACAGUCAGCAUCCAGAUCCAACUUCAUCAUCGGUCUCAUAAAUAUCCCUGCAGUGUGCAUUGGAUUUUUCUUGGGAGGGUUUGUGAUGAAAAAGUUCAAGUUAAGUAUUGUUCAAGCAGCGAAGUUGGCCAUUGGAUGCAGCACCUUGGGCUGGUUAUUAUCACUUUCUUAUUUUGGAAUGGGCUGUGAAAACUCUCGUGUGGCUGGUUUAACUAUCUCCUAUGAGGGCACCUCACAGGUCUCCUAUGAGGGAAGUGCCCUGUACCACAAUUGUAACGCUGGCUGCUUUUGCCCAGGAACAAAGUGGGAGCCUGUUUGUGCUGGAACUGGGGUCACAUAUGUUUCACCCUGUCUCGCUGGUUGUAAAACAUCUACUGGAACAGGAAAAAAUACUGUGUUCCACAACUGUAGCUGCAUUUCUGCCUUUACAGCGGGAAAUUCCUCAGCCCUUCUGGGGCAGUGUCCAAGAACAGGUGAUUGUGGAAAUGUUUUCAUUUACUUCAUGGCGGUCACCGUGUUCGCUUCUUUCAGUUAUUGCUUUGGAGCUGUUCCUGGUUUCAUGAUAUUACUCAGGUGCAAUGAGCCGGAACUGAAAUCACUUGCAAUAGGUAUACACACCUUGUUAGGAAGAACACUUGCUGGAAUUCCCGCUCCUAUUUACUUUGGAGCUUUGAUAGACACAACGUGCCUGAAAUGGGGAACCAACAGAUGUGGGGGGCGAGGGGCCUGCAGGAUUUAUAACUCUGAUACUUUCAGGUAA